GUUGAGAAGAUCGUUGGCGACAGUGGUUUGAAUCUUCUGGUAAACAACGCUGGUGUUCAACUUCCUUACUUCACAAAUGGAGAGAUUAGUCGAGAAAUACUAUGGAAGUCUUUAAAUGUUAACGUAUUGGGUACAACGAUCACCACUCAGACUUUCCUGCCUUUGCUAAAUAAAGCUUCUGCUCAUCACUCCGACGAUUACUGGGGUGUUGAUCGAGCUGCCAUUGUGAACAUAUCUAGUUUUUGGGGUUCCAUUAGUGAGAAUAAGGAUGGAUCAAGUGAAUUAGGAGCACUUGCCUACAAAAUAAGUAAGGCGGGUGUAAAUCAGCUUGGCAAAACGAUGUCAAUCGACCUGGUGAAUGAUAAAAUCCUUGUGGUGCAGUUUUGCCCAGGUUGGGUACAGACCGACAUGGGCAACAUGAAUGGACGAACAGCUCCUAUAACUGUAGGCUGGCCGAACCAAGCUUUUGAAUUGAUAGAAGAGUCCGCCUCAGCUUUGGUCAGCUCAAUUUCAAAACUGCAAAAACAACAUACUGGAGGUUACUUUAAUCGUCAUCUCAGAAUGGUUUAUCCAGCUUCUGUCUUCAUCACAGGAACGGAUAGAGGCAUUGGACUUGGUUUGGUACGAGAAUUUCUCAAGGUGAAUUCAGUGAAGCAUGUUAUAGCUGGAGCAUUGAAUCCGGAUAGUGCAAAGGAUCUAGAAGCCAUUACCGAUAACCGUCUGCAUAUUGUCAAAAUUGACAUUGAAAAUGACCAAUCGAUCAAGGACGCUUGUGCUCAGGUUGAGAAGAUCGUUGGCGACAGUGGUUUGAAUCUUCUGGUAAACAACGCUGGCGUUCUACCCCCUUACUUCACAAAUGGAGAAAUUAGUCGAGAAACGCUAUGGAAAUGUUUGAAUGUAAAUGUAUUGGGUACCACAAUCACCAGUCAGACUUUUCUGCCUUUGCUGAAGAAAGCCUCUGCUCAUCACUCUAGCGAUUACUGG